CUCCUCAGCUCCACUCCUCCUCCGUCUUCCAUCCUCUGAUCCUCCUCGAACUCGCUCGCCAUGGGCGCCUUCUCUCAUUACAGCGGCGCCGGCUUGCUAUUGUCACUGAUCGCGAUGAUAAUGCCGGCGGCAUUGCUCCGCACGGCGGCCGCUGCGACCCCGCCGUUCUCGUGCGGACCGGGUUCCGCGACGCAGGGCUACGCGUUCUGCGACAAGGCGCUGCCCGUGGAGCGGCGCGCGGCGGACCUGGUGUCCCGGCUGACGCUGGCGGAGAAGGUGUCGCAGCUGGGGGACGAGGCGGACGCCGUGCCCCGGCUGGGCGUCCCGGCCUACAAGUGGUGGUCCGAGGGCCUCCACGGGCUCUCCUUCUGGGGCCACGGCAUGCACUUCGACGGCGCCGUCCGCGCCAUCACCAGCUUCCCCCAGGUGCUGCUCACCGCCGCCUCCUUCGACCAAGACAUCUGGUACCGUAUCGGCCAGGCGAUUGGUACGGAGGCUAGAGCGCUGUACAACCUUGGGCAAGCACAAGGGCUCACCAUUUGGUCCCCCAAUGUGAACAUCUACCGUGACCCGCGAUGGGGCCGCGGCCAGGAGACCCCCGGUGAGGAUCCCACCACGGCGAGCAAGUACGCCGUUGCCUUUGUGAAGGGGCUUCAGGGAACCUCGGCGACGACGCUGCAGACCUCGGCGUGCUGCAAGCAUGCCACGGCGUACGAUCUGGAGGACUGGAACGGGGUUGUACGCUACAACUUCAACGCAAAGGUAACGCUCCAAGAUUUGGCGGAUACUUUCAACCCGCCGUUCAAGAGCUGUGUAGAGGAAGGGAAGGCGACCUGCGUCAUGUGUGCCUACACCAACAUCAACGGUGUCCCUGCCUGUGCCAGCUCUGACCUCAUCACCAAGACCUUCAAGGGAGACUGGGGAUUAAACGGUUAUGUUUCUUCGGACUGUGAUGCGGUAGCACUGUUGCGUGAUGCCCAGCGUUAUAGGGCCACGCCCGAAGAUACGGUUGCAGUUGCCCUCAAGGCCGGGCUGGAUUUGAACUGCGGGAACUACACACAGGUGCACGGCAUGUCGGCGCUCCAGCAGGGGAAAAUGACCGAGCAAGACGUCGAUAAUGCUCUCAAAAACCUCUUCGCCGUCAGGAUGCGGCUGGGCCACUUCGACGGCGACCCGAGGACAAGCGCAUUGUACGGCAGCCUGGGCGCCGCGGACGUGUGCUCCCCUGCGCACAAGAACCUGGCUCUGGAAGCCGCGCAGAGCGGCAUCGUCCUGCUCAAGAACGACGCCGGCAUCCUCCCGCUCGACCCCUCCGCGGUCGCCUCGGCCGCAGCCAUCGGCCACAACGCGAACGACCCCGCCGCGCUCAACGGGAACUACUUCGGCCCGCCGUGCGAGACCACCACGCCGCUGCAGGGGCUCCAGGGGUACGUGAAGAACGUCAAGUUUCUGGCUGGGUGCGACUCGGCGGCGUGCGGCUUUGCCGCCACGGGCCAGGCCGUCACGCUGGCUAGCUCGUCAGACUACGUGAUUCUUUUCAUGGGGCUAAGCCAGAAGGAGGAGCAGGAAGGGAUCGACCGGACGAGCCUUCUGCUCCCCGGAAAGCAGCAGAACCUCAUCACCGCCGUUGCCAGCGCGUCGAAGCGGCCCGUGAUCCUGGUUCUCCUCACGGGUGGCUCAGUUGACAUCACAUUCGCCAAAUCCAACCCGAAGAUCGGUGCCAUCCUGUGGGCCGGAUACCCGGGCCAGGCAGGUGGGCUGGCUAUCGCCAGGGUGCUCUUUGGGGAUCACAACCCCAGCGGCAGGCUGCCGGUGACGUGGUACCCGGAGGAGUUCACCAAGGUGCCCAUGACCGACAUGCGGAUGCGCGCCGACCCGGCCACCGGUUACCCGGGCCGGAGCUACCGCUUCUACCAGGGAAAGACCGUCUACAAGUUCGGCGACGGCCUCAGCUACUCCAAAUUCUCUCGCCAGCUAGUGUCAAGCACUAACACUCAUCAAGUCCCAAACACGAAUCUACUCACCGGCCUGACCGCGAGGACGGCCACCGAUGGCGGCAUGAGCUACUACCACGUCGAGGAGAUCGGCGUCGAGGGGUGCGACAAGCUUAAGUUCCCGGCAGUGGUCGAGGUGCAGAACCACGGCCCGAUGGACGGGAAGCACUCGGUAAUGAUGUUCCUCCGGUGGCCCAACUCGACGGGUACUGGACGUCCGGUGAGCCAGCUAGUUGGGUUCCGGAGCCAGCAUCUGAAGGCCGGGGAGAAGGCCAGCCUUACGUUCGACGUCAGCCCGUGCGAACACUUUGCCAGGGCGAGGGAGGACGGCAAGAAGGUGAUUGAUAGAGGGUCACAUUUUCUCGUUGUGGGCAAGGACGAGAGAGAGAUCAGCUUCCACAGCUAAAUACAACAAACUGAUUUGCGCGAGGGAAAUGAAGACGACUCACGCAGCCCACGGGUCGACAAGGCGACAUUAUUUAUCAUUUGUCAUUAAUUAGUUCCAUUUUUUAUCUAAGAUAAAUUUAUUUGUCUUAGGGCUGUUAGCCACUUAGACUAAAGGGCCAGGUUGUCUAUUCUUGAGUUGUCAAUUUUUUUUCUUAAAGAUCAAUUUGUAUUUUAAAGUGUUCAGAUCGAAUGAUCAAAACAUCCAUAUUGUUCAAAAAAACAUCCAUAUUAUAUGUACUCACAAUAUUUCUCCUUGUAAA